AUGCAACCAGGCUUGGGAGGAGUAUUCGGGAAUAGCAUUGGGACAUGGGUCGCAGGAUUUCAAAAAUAUAUCUACACUUCUAACGCACUGCAAGCUGAGAUACUAGCCAUACAAGAAGGACUGAAGUUGGCCAUGGACCUUAAUCUAUUUCCGCUAGAAAUUGAAUCAGAUGAAACAAAAGCAGUGAAACUAUUAACUUUGGAACCAAACUUUUCUAAUCCUACUGCUCUUUAUUGCAGGUCGUUAAUGCUACGAGAGAGGGAGAUGUUCAUCAGGCAUAGUUCUCGCCAUGGAAACGCUACUGCAUAUCUGUUGGACAAGGAAGCUAUGAAGUUGCCUAUUCUCAACAAACCUUAUCGAUUAUCAGGCUCGCCUUUUUUUUGUAAUGCAACAACUAGAUAA